AUGGAAGAGUUUUUUCGUGAAUUUCAUCUUCGAGUUCAACCAUUUGGAAAAACCAACUCAUUGAGUGAGUUGAAACGGGAAAGAAAAUUUGCUGAAUUAAUGCUUCUAUCUGAGAGGCGCUAUCAGUUAGGAUGUCGUGUUACUAGAAAUAAUCAAAUAGAAGUUAAUGGGUAUAAUAGUUUAAAACAAGCACAAAUACUCAUUUAUCUCAAUCAAACUAUUAAACGAAUUGAAGUACAAAAAGGGAGUUUUUUAUUUUUAUUCAACCCAGAAGUUAGAGGAGUUAUUCAAGUUUGCCUUGUGGAACCAACGUCUCAAAUUGUACUUGUUGGACUCACUAAUUUUAAUGAAAAAUAUCAAACAGAAAUUAGCCAAAUUAAUGUCUUUGAUACUUCUAUUCAAAUCUCAUUUUCACCAAGAAUGUUUGAAGAGUGUUGUUGUGGUGUUUUUGAAAGAAAAGAGAAUGAUUCAUUACAUUUUAUUAAAAGCAUGAAAAUCCUCCCAAAUGUUAAGAAAUUCCAAAUGACUUUUAAUCAACCUUUAAAAAAAGGAUCUUAUUUUAUUCGUAUCUUUGUUAAACAACCAAACACUCCUUUAAACCCAAAUACUAUUUCAUUUGAAACACCUUUUGUUCUUCAACAGUAUUUUGCUAAAUGA